GUAAGGUAUCCUGGGUUUGGUCUCCCAGCUUCUCCUGUCUGUCUUUCUGCCUUUUGUCUUUCAAACAAGGGUUGCUAGUUCGCUCUGGCUGGUUUUCAGUGACCUCCAUCUAUCUAGACAGACUCACAGGAAAGCUUGGGGGAUCAAACCGGCAGCCAGAGAACCGAAUCUCUGCAGGUUCUUCUCUUGGAAUUCCUUUUUCUUCCCCCAAGAGAAACAAGCAAAAACACCCCGACAUGAAAACACCUUGCUGGCUCUUGGCAGGCUUGUAUGUGCUUACUUGCUAUAGAGCAGAAGAAGGACUAGAAUUUCCUACUUACGAUGGGAGAGAUCGUGUGAUUGACCUGAGUGAGAAAAACUAUAAGCAGGCCUUGAAGAAGUAUGACAUGCUCGUUGUGCUGCUCCAUGAGCCUGUGACUUCUGACAAAACUUCUCAGAGGCGUUUUCAAAUGACUGAGAUGGUGCUGGAGCUUGCUGCACAGGUCCUGGAAGAGAAAGGCAUUGGUUUUGGGUUAGUGGAUUCCAAGAAAGAUGCAAAACUUGCCAAAAAGCUAGGUUUGGAUGAAGAAGGAAGCCUGUAUGUCUUUAAGGAGGACCAUAUAAUUGAGUUUGAUGGGCAAAUGGCAGCAGAUGUCUUGGUGGAAUUCCUUCUUGAUCUGUUGGAAGACGCAGUGGAGAUCAUCAACAGCAAGCUGGAGCUGCAGGCCUUUGACAACAUGGAAGAAGAGAUGAAACUCAUUGGCUACUUCAAAGGAGAAGACUCAGAACAUUACAAAGCAUUUGAGGAGGCGGCUGAACACUUCCAGCCCUAUGUCAAGUUCUUUGCUACCUUUGACAAAGGGGUUGCAAAGAAACUGGGCCUGAAGCUAAAUGAGGUGGACUUCUAUGAGCCAUUUAUGGAUGAGCCAGUCCGUGUCCCUGACAAACCGUACACAGAAGGAGAACUGGUUGAUUUUGUGAAUGAGCACAGAAGAGCCACACUGCGCAAGUUGCAUCCAGAAGACAUGUUUGAAACCUGGGAGGACGACCUAGAUGGGAUUCACAUUGUGGCAUUUGCUGAAGAAGAUGACCCAGAUGGCUUUGAAUUCCUGGAAGUUGUCAAGCAGGUUGCUAAAGAUAACACCGACAAUCCUGAAUUAAGCAUUGUAUGGAUUGACCCAGAUGACUUUCCUCUGCUCAUCACAUACUGGGAAAAGACCUUCCAGAUCAACCUAUUCAAGCCACAGAUUGGUGUGGUCAAUGUCACAGAUGCUGAUAGUGUCUGGAUGGACAUCAGGGAUGAUGAUGACCUCCCCACAGCUGAGGAACUGGAAGACUGGAUAGAAGAUGUACUUUCUGGGAAAAUAAACACUGAAGACGAUGAUGCUGAUGAAGAUGAUGAUGAUGAAGAUGAUGAUGAGUAGCUUAUGGCUCUCUAAAACCACCUGGACUUUAAAUUUGUAUUCCUCAAGAUGUUAUGCCUCAUCUAAAGGGAAAGCAUUUAUCUGUAGGACUUCCAAAGUCUGUUUCUAAGGGUAAUUGAAAGCUCCUUGACCUGUUUUCUUUUUUUUGUACCUAUUUCCAACAUAUGUCCUAUUCUAGCUUCCAAAAGCUGUUCCCCAAGCAUAUGACAUACUGAAAUCAAUUAAAAAAGGUGAGUGCAUGGUA